AUGGAAAACGUAUUUACAGUAAAUGAUGUUGUGCUUAAUAGAAGAGGUUCAUAUAUUCUAGGUAAAUUAAUAUUAUCAACUCAUCAUUUAGUUUUCUUUUUCACAUCAACUUCCAAACAACAGCAACAGCAGCAACAACAACAACAACUUAAAGAAAUAUGGAUUUGUUAUCCCAUAAUUGAAAGAAUUUCGAAAGCUCGUGGAUCUACUUGGUUAAAUAAUAAUUCAUCAGCACUAAACAAUAAUUUCAAUAGUUUAGAAUACAAAAUAACUUCAGCAAUUUCAUCUGCAUCAACUCAAAAUCAAAGUCCAACUCCAAUCCUUACAAGGCCACCUCAGAUAGAAGGUUUCGACAACUAUAGUGUGUCUCAUAUCAGAUUACAAUGUAAAGAUUUUACUUAUUUUUCAUUUGAUUUUAAAAAUGAUUUAAUUUGCACAGAAGUAUUCAACAAAAUGAGUUCAUUAAUUAAUAUGAGUAGAACUGGUAAUGGUAUAAAAUCUUUAUAUGCAUAUUCAUACGUACCAAACAAUAUGGAGAAUAAUUUGGAGGUGAAAGGUUGGGAUUUGUACGAUCCAAUGAAAGAAUAUUCCAGACUAGGAUUACUUUACAAUGAUAACAAAUUUUGGAGAGUGACAAACUUAAAUGAAGAAUACAAGUUUUGUCCCUCAUAUCCUCUGACUAUGGUUGUACCAGCUUCAAUUUCAGAUAAUGUAUUGAAACAUGCUAGUAAGUUUAGAUCAAAACAAAGAAUACCAGCCGUAGUAUAUAAGCAUAAAUCAAGUGUCAACGGGAAUGUUAUUGCAAGAUGUGCCCAACCAUUAGUUGGACUAAAUUUACAAAAUAGAUCUAUUCAAGACGAAAAAUUGAUAGGCGAAAUAUUUCAUUGUCAAGAGUUAGAAAGAAACAUCAAGCUUAAAGAAAGCGAAGAAAAUGAGGACUUAAAUACCGAAUAUCAAGCUCAGCAACCACAAAAGAAUUUAUUAGUAGAUUUGAGGCCCAUAACGAAUGCUAUGGCUCAACAUGCAUUAGGAGCAGGAACUGAAAAUGUCGACAAUUAUAGAAAUAAAAAACCAAUCAAAGAUGAUCCAAACGAAGACAAAAUUUCAAAACCAUCACGUCAAGUUGACAAAAUUUUUUGUAAUAUAGAUAAUAUUCAUGUUGUUAGAGAUUCAUUAACCAAACUUAACGCAAUUUUAAAUGAUCUAGACAAAUAUAAUUCAUCACAAUCAUCUGUAUAUACAUCACCAGCAUCUUUACAACAAGCACUCACAAAGACUCAAUGGUUGAACAGACUUUCCAUAAUUCUACAAUCUGUUGAUCGAAUUACAAAAUCUAUUCAUUUAAAUAAUACAAAUGUCAUAAUACAUUGUUCUGACGGUUGGGAUAGAACAUCACAAGUAUCUGCACUAGCACAAUUAUGUCUAGAUCCAUUUUAUAGAACAACAAAGGGGUUUAUGAUUCUAAUUGAAAAGGAAUGGGCUAGUUUUGGAUUUAAAUUUAAUACUAGAGGUGAUCAUGGAGGUUGUAUCGGAUCGUUAAUUAAAAAAGAUUUAAUCAAACAGCAACAACAACCGCCACAACAGCUACAAACCUCAGAAGAAGAUGCGGCAGAGUCAUCACUAGAAAGUUUUCAAUUGGAAAAUAAACUAAAUAGCGAACAUAUUAGUGUUGGAAGUGGAGCUGCUGCAAGUGUAACCUCUUUCUUACAAAAAGCUGCAAAAGCUGCAAGGGAUAUCAAAAAUAGUGCACAAAAUGGAUUAUCAAACUACCCAGAAGCUGAAACUAAUGGAGAAUUUAAUGAUAAACCUUAUCAAAUUUCAAGUUCAUCAAGCGUAUAUGGAGGUAGUAAUGAACGAUCACCAGUUUUUCAUCAAUUUUUGGAUUGUGUUUAUCAAAUUUAUCGUCAAAAACCAAACAAAUUUGAAUUUAAUACUAGAUUUUUAAAAAGAUUAUUAUAUCAUUAUUAUUCAUGUCAAUAUGGAUCGUUUUUAUGUGAUUCUGAAAGGGAAGCAUUAGAAGUUUACAAAAUUCAUGAUUCAACUAUAUCUGUAUGGGAUUAUUUUAAUUCUAGACCUAAUGAGUUUAAGAACCCUGGAUAUAAUACUAAUUUUGAGGAUGAUGGUGAUGUUGUAUUUUUCAAUUCUUCUGAUAUGAGAUGGUGGUACGAACUAUAUGGAAGGUCUGAUGAAGAAAUGAAUGGAUUAUCUAAUUCGUUGGAUAAAAAGUUCGCUCAAAUGACCUUUAAAAAUGGUAAAGGAUAG